UAGCGUGGCGUUGUGGAUGAGUUGGGUUUUAUAUCCAGAGUGGAUAUCUAAAUCAACCACUUCGUCCGCGGUCAAUGCGGCUUGUUAUAUCAGUGAUCGCUUUUUGUGCAGCGUUUUAAUGAUUAUGAUGAAAAGUUUACAAUUUGUUACCUAUAACCUGCAUUGGAAGAGAAGGCGUUCUUGUUGAGGCUGAUUUCUUUAAUUUCAAAAAUGAAGGGCGUUAUUGAUGUACUCGCUAUGCAAAGAGAAAAAAGAAUUAGUUUACAGAAAAGUAUUAUCAUUGAUUAUACUAAAGCGAGCGAUAGUUUCACAGUAGCAAGAUUUAUAUUCGAAUGUGGCUUUAAAUUAGAGGCCCAUCCAUUAACAAUUUCGACAGCUGCAACUUUAUAUCACAGGUUUAUGAGAGAGGCAGUACCGCAAGGAUAUGACUCAUAUCUCAUUGGAUCGACGUGUUUGUACCUGGCUGGAAAGAUGAAAGAUAAUCACUUGAAAAUCAGGGACGUUAUGAAUGUCUCGUACAGUACAUUGCAUCGAGGUGCAGCGCCUUUAGAAUUAGGGGAUCAAUAUUGGGGUAUGCGCGACGCCAUAGUACAAGCGGAGUUGCUAAUAAUGCGAAUGCUAAAGUUUCAAGUAAUGCCGGAACAUCCACAUAAGUACAUGUUACAUUUUCUGAGAUCUUUACAAGCCUGGUUCGGGGAAGAAGAAUGGCAAAAAUAUCCUGUGGCAAGAACCAGUAUGUCCUUACUGCAGGACUUCCAUCACAUUCCCGCUAUUCUUGAUUAUCCACCAAAUUUAGUUGCCAUCGCUUGUAUAAAUUUGGCUUUGCAAAUUUAUGGAGUAGUGGUGCCAUUAAUGGAUGAAUGCGAUCAACAACCGUGGUUUAAUGUUUUCUGUAAAGAUUUGACGAGAGAUAAGCUUUGGGAGAUAAUGGAAAAAAUCAUGGCGUCGUAUGAUGAAGAACCAGAAACGAGAGAUCAUUAACUACAUUAGUUAAUUAAAACUUUACUUGCCGAUACUGAAUCAUUUACAUUAUAUGUUAAUUUUUAUUAUCGAUCGAAUUAAACUAUCAAUUCCAAACUA